UUGUACAAAUUUGCAUCAUAUAUGAUUGAAGAAAAAAUUGGUAUCCUUUCAAAAGUUCACCUACAUUUCGAUGAUUUUAUCACAAUUUAUGAAGAAGAUCAUAAAGAAUCUUAUGCAAUAAUCAAAGAUAUUUUUCAACAUAAAGGUAAUAAUAACAAAUAUUAUACAUUUAUUAUUGUAAAUUGGUUUGAAGAUACUAUGGUUAAACAUUCAAUAAUAUUCAAAAAGUAUACUUUAUUCAUAAUUGUAAUUCAGAAAGAUGACAACUACCAAAUCAAAUAG